AUGGCAUCAACACAAAUCACCUCCCCCAGAUCCGACAAAAAUACUUUAAGCCAAUCCCAAGAGAUUCAAGCAUGGGGAGAGCUUUAUAUAUUUGAUCUCCCGAAACCUCUACGCGGAGCUCUAUUCGCGAAUGACCUGAUAUUACCUUAUUCCCUUGCUCCCCAAACUAGUGUAGAAACUUCAGAAGAAAUAUGGCCUGGUAACCUUGAGUGGAUCAAAAGGAUUAAAUUGUAUAGUAAAGCCUACAGAUUCGAAUUCUUUCGUUGUGUUCUACCUCAGUCUUUUGGUCGUGAGAGUGGUUUGAUAUUUGAUAAACCUCUUUCCGAAUUAAGAAGACUACAAUAUGAUGAUAAAAUUUUAGGUCAUAGACGUUGGACUUUGAUAAUCUUUGGAAAAGAAAAAAUUGCUGCUAUACAUCUUCAAACUGAUUUAUUGAAACACGACGAAAAUGAAACUAUCAAAGACAGAUUGGUCAUCCUCAAAGAUGAAGUGAAACCUGUCCUGGCGGUCGAAACGAAAAAAGUUCAUUCAAAGACCAAAAAGGAAAGACUCGUCGAAAAAUUGACUCCUAAGAGUUCAACAGGAGUUGAUAGAGACCCCAUGAAUAAAGACCUCAUGAAACAGGCUGGCUCCGAGCUCUUGGUGUCUUGGGAAACCGAAUUAGAAAAAUCAGAACUUAUCUUUGCUGGUGCUACUAAGAAGGAAAUCUCAACUUUCUUUCCAGAAUCAUCAUCAUUAUAUAACAAACUUCGAUCUUUUCCUUUUGACUUUGGAUCUCCGAACAUUGAGGAGCUCAAGCGUUGCUACGUGAAGCUUACUACAGCUAAGCUUAACCUUGACUUAUUAACACAGGAAAACUAG